UCUAGCACCUACAAGAACAAACUUACUAAUAAUCAAUUCAAAAUUAUUGGGGUUUUGAUAAGAAAAAUGCCUUCGAGGGUUUCAGACGACGACUUUGAGGUCAACCACCGGGCUUUUGGUCAACAAAAACAAUACUUAGACUUGAGCGCGGCGAAGGAAUUGCCGGAGUCGCAUGCAUGGACGACGUCGGCCGACGGCGACGUGGUGGUCGGCGGCGGCGGCGCGGAGGAGUCGAUCCCGGUGGUGGACCUGGCGUCGAAGAGCGGCGCGGCGGCGGAGCAGAUAGGGCGUGCAUGCAAGACGUGGGGUGCGUUUCAGGUGAUUAAUCACGGCAUUUCCGGGGAGUUGUUGGGGCGGGUGGAGGCCGCCGGAAAACGGCUUUUCUCGCUCCCGUUGCACCAGAAGAUGAGGGCGGCCCGCUCGCCCAACGGCGUCUCCGGCUACGGCGUCGCCCGGAUUUCUUCGUUCUUCCCCAAACUUAUGUGGUCUGAAGGCUUCACCAUCGUCGGCUCCCCGCUCGAACAUUCCCGCCUUCUUUGGCCCCAAGACUUCAACUUCUUCUGUGAGGUGGUGGAAGAAUACGAGAAGGAGAUGAAAAAGCUGGCAGGGAGAAUGAUGAAGCUAAUCUUGGAAUCCUUAGGGGUAGCAGAGGAAGACGCAAAAUGGGCAAUGGAAUCCAAAGGAAGAUGUUCUGCCCUGCAGCUCAACUCCUACCCAGCCUGCCCUGAUCCGGGCCGAGCCAUGGGCCUAGCAGAGCACACGGAUUCCACCCUCCUCACAAUCCUCCACCAAAACAACACCAGCGGCCUCCAGGUCUUCCGGCAAGCCACCUCCACCGCCGCCGGAGCCUGGGUCACCGUGCCGCCCAUCCCCGGCGCGCUCGUCAUAAACGCCGGCGACCUCCUCCACAUCCUCUCCAACGGGCUGUACCACAGCGUCCUCCACCGCGCGGUGGUGAACCGCAGCAGGCACCGCAUUUCCGUGGCGUACCUGUACGGCCCGCCGCCGGGGAUCAAGAUAUCGCCGCUGCAGAAGCUGGUGGCGGAAGGGCAGCCGCCGCUGUUCCGGGCAAUCACGUGGAGCGAAUAUCUCCGCACCAAAGCUAAGCACUUCGACAAGGCGCUCUCCUCCGUCCGGCUAAUUUGCGCCCCCCGAAACGCAGGAUUUUCCGAUACCAAUGAUCAUAAUCGGGUCCAGAUUCACAAAGCAUGCUUCACCCAAAGCACCUAUUUGAAUAGUGGUACGGUUGUGGGCUUUCCCAAAUAUCAAAGAGUCGAAGGAGUCGAGGGUUCAACGGAGCUAUAGUGUAGGAUCGAGCAGGGGUCCAACGGAGCGAGCAGGGGUCCAACGGCAGCGAGCAUUACCAGGAGCUUCUGAAGGCGGCGUCGAUGCACAGCAUGGAGGGUAAGAUCGAGUUGGAGAGGCUGAUGUAGCAGUACAUGAAGCAGCAGCAGGCAGCGGCGGUGAUGGCGAUCAGGUCGUCGCAGAGGAUGCGGCGGCAGCGGCGAUAGCGAUGAAGUCGUCGUAGAGGGUGUGGCGGCGGCGGCGAUAGCGAUGAGGUCGUCGCAAAGGGUGCGGCAACGGCGGCGAUGGCGAUGAGGUCGUCGCAGAGGGUGCGGCGGCGGCGAUGGCGGCGAUGGUGAUGAGGUUGUCGCAGAGGAUGCGACGGAGCAGCAACGUCGUGAUGUGGAGGAUCGACGAGGAGAGCGUCGGCGGCGGUUUUGAUCGAUUUUUUGUUAUAUAUUCAGUGAAAUUGAAUUAAAGCUUUGUAAUUGUAGUUGAUUUGGCUUGGGAGCAGGUGCUUUCCAUUCCACCUGAACCAAACGCCCCUUAAAGAAGGCUUCAUAAAUUUAAAUGACUUAUUUGCCCUUAAUAAUAACGGUGGAAACGAUCAAUUUCUAA